AGUCAAGAGAAAAGAUAAAUUUGUGCUUGAAAAAUAUUGUUAUUAAAGCGGUAUCAUUAUUAUUUUCGUUAAAUUUCACAUUUUUUAUUAAAUGAAUGUGAGUUAAAAACAUUUCAAGUUUAUCGAGUGGCUGCAUUGCCGAAAGUUGUCCAUUAGCGAUGGGCACCUUGGAGGAAAGCGUCGUCGGCAUAUUCACAAAACACAGUUUGAUGCUGCUCAAGAUCACGGGCUUGUGGCCCAUGGGCAGAAAACACCGCAGGGCCAGCGCUUAUCUCUUCAGGAUUUCCAUUCUGCACUUCUGCCUCGCCUUGGCAGCGCAGGUCCUCAGUCUGAUUUUCGAUGAAGAGAAAUCUUUUGAAUCUGUCGUUCCGACGGUUUUGCAAACUCUCAUGGUAAUCUCGAUGAUACUCAAGUCGAUUUUCAUCGUUAACAACAGAACAGAAAUCAGAGCGCUGCACUUCUUCUGGGACGAUGAAAAGGGUGUUCGAUUGGCAAUUACAAGAGCCCUGCCUGAAAUUCGCAAAGUUUAUUUUGCAUACGCGCUGUCACUGAUCGCCAGUGGAUCUUUCUGGCUGACCGAGCCCAAAGUGACCGACCAAAAGCUCGUCGACGCUCAUCCCGAGCGAUCAAAACUACCCCUCAACGGGUGGUACCCGUUCGACCUGGACAGCGACCUAAAUUUCCGCUUGGUUUACGUCCACCAACUGUUUUCAGUGAUGCUGAUAGGCACGGUCUCGCACGGAUGCAACCUGCUCUUCUUGACGUUCAUCAUAUUCGUCAGCAAUUUGCUUGCCUUCUUCAUCGAGAAGCUGGAAAAAGUGCCGCAGACUGAGAAUAUCGAAGAAAGCGUCAAGGACUGCGCACAACUGAAAAUUAAAAUUGACAGAUUUACAAGGGAUGUUGGAAGGAUUUUCUCUAAAGUGGCCUUUGUGCAAUUUGCACAGUCAACUAUGACUUUUGUUAUUUCAUCGUUUCGAGCCACCGCUCCUGGCCUGAGUUUAAAAGAAAAGGUGCUGUACAUGCAAGGGUUCUACACUCAGUUCAUCUAUCUAUAUCUGAUCUGCAGAUACGGGGGAGAGAUUAUUCACAAAUCUUAUGAAAUUUUAAAGAAAAUUUACUUUUGGCCUUGGGAGGAUUGGAAGCAAGAGGAGAUCGACAUGAUGCUGAUGAUGUCCAACGCCAAUCAGAAGCCUCUAAAAUUAACCGCAGGUCUCUACACCCUUUCAUUGGAAUUUUUCUUGCGCGCUUGUGGACUUGCCAUAACGGGCUACCUCCUUCUUCAAAAUAUCCGCAACAGCAAGAUUUGA